AUGCGCGCCUCUCAUUGGUCACCUAGCCGAACUGAACAAUCGAAUUUCGCGGUCCCGCGACUUCGAAGCUCUCAAGUCCAGCGACAAUCACCGACCAGCGCCCACUUCCUCCUUCCUCUACCAACCGAAACCGCAAUCAUGUCUGACGGAGAAAUCGAGGUCGAGAGCCCCGCCGGCUACGCCGUGCUCCCCAAGGAGGUCACCGACGAGAUUGGCAGCAUCAAGCUGUUCAACAAGUGGAGCUACGAGGAGGUUGAGGUCCGCGAUAUCUCGUUGACCGACUACAUCCAAAUCCGCUCGCCCGUCUACAUCUCACAUUCUGCCGGCCGCUAUGCCGUCAAGCGAUUCAGGAAGGCUCAGUGCCCCAUCAUUGAGCGUCUCACCAACUCGCUCAUGAUGAACGGCCGCAACAACGGAAAGAAGCUCAUGGCUGUGCGCAUUGUUGCCCACGCUUUCGAGAUCAUCCACAUCAUGACCGACCAGAACCCCAUCCAGGUCGCCGUCGAUGCCAUUGUCAACUGCGGUCCCCGUGAAGACUCCACCCGUAUCGGUUCCGCCGGUACCGUCCGUCGCCAGGCCGUCGAUGUCUCACCCCUCCGCCGUGUCAACCAGGCCAUCGCUCUCCUCACCAUUGGUGCCCGUGAGGCCGCUUUCCGCAACGUCAAGUCGGUCGCCGAGUGCCUUGCUGAGGAGCUCAUCAACGCUGCCAAGGGAAGCAGCAACUCCUACGCGAUCAAGAAGAAGGACGAGUUGGAGCGUGUAGCCAAGUCCAACCGAUAAGUGCGUGCAUAUAUCUGUGGCGGUGCAUGGUGUCUGGGUUUUCUCUCAUCGGGCUGGUCUGGUACUUACUGGACGCUACGGAGGAUCUUCAGCAUGUCAAGGUUCUCUAGGCGAACAACCUCUUUCAUGGUUGCAUGACAAAAAUGGACAAUUCGACACAAGCUGUUUUAUGGUUCUAUGAUGUGAAUGGCUCAUGAUGAAUGGUGGACAAGAGGCGGUUCGCUCGCGAAGCUCACCCAGGAUCUGUUGAUGUCAUCCGGUACCCUGGGUCCGUAGAGUGAAGCCUGAAUGAAAAUCAUCUUUCCAAUUACGAGUAA